UUUCUGUGCUCUCAACUUUUCGUAGGCCGGUUUAGCAAUAUGGAGCAAGGGUUUGAAGUUGAGUGUGGAAAAUUCCAAAUUUCGUGAAAAUUGUGAAUGUUGAAUGAUGACCCGCCAUACUAGAAGCAAACACGCCUAUCUUGAAUUGAUGUUUGUCGCGAUUUGAGUGACAUCAGUGAAAAUGGGAACUCCAAGAAAAUCGUUUACUUUGGUCAUGUAUUCAUUUUUUUCGUAAGUUUGAAUAACGGUUGGAGAAAAUACGCAGCAUCAUGGGAAAACUACUCUCAAAAAUUUUCGGAAACAAGGAAAUGAGGAUAUUGAUGCUAGGUCUUGAUGCUGCUGGUAAAACGACAAUUUUGUAUAAAUUGAAACUGGGGCAGUCUGUGACCACAAUACCAACUGUUGGAUUCAACGUGGAAACAGUGACUUACAAGAACGUCAAAUUUAAUGUGUGGGACGUUGGAGGGCAAGAUAAAAUAAGACCUCUGUGGCGUCAUUACUAUACGGGAACUCAAGGGUUGAUAUUUGUAGUUGACUGUGCCGAUCGUGAUAGAAUAGACGAAGCUAGGCAAGAAUUACAUCGGAUCAUAAAUGACAGAGAAAUGAGAGAUGCCAUCAUACUGAUAUUUGCCAAUAAACAAGAUCUGCCAGAGGCGAUGAAGCCUCAUGAGAUUCAAGAGAAACUUGGUUUAACUAGGAUAAGAGAUCGGAAUUGGUAUGUUCAACCAGCUUGCGCUACUUCUGGGGACGGGCUCUAUGAAGGUUUAACAUGGCUCACCGGCAACCAUAAGUUAUAGCAUCUCACCUUUUGAAUUGUGACCUAACAAUCACGGGUUAAUGAAACUCAUUAAAAUCAUUUGAAAUGGCUCCUUAUCGGUGGAGCAAGUUAAAAAGCAAGCGUUCGUAAUAUAUUGUAAAUAAUUAAAUUCGUAUUAUGUAUUAACUUGUUGUUUUAUAUUGUAAAAUAUUGUUGCUGCAUUUGAACAGAAGUGAGCGUUAUGAAGUUGAUGUUUUCUGAUGUGAGCUACCUAUUAUUUGGAUGAAAUCAUGUAUUAAUUUAGUUUAAUUUAGUAUUCAAACCUUAGGUAACAAAAACUUUAGGUGAUAUCUGUUUAUUUUUUUAAAUAAAUUUCUAUCUAGAAUAUUCAAUGUCAAUACCAAUAUUUAUUGUAUGUCACAUCUCCAUUGCCUCUUCAUCAGAUAUUACCAAAAUACCUUCGUGUAAACUAAAGACUGAUAGAUUUAAGAACAUUGGUUUCUUAGUUCCAUUUGCAUUUUCACCUAAAUUGAGAGAUCUUCAGUUAAUAAUCAAUUUCAAGCUACACACUGAACUGCCAUGCAUUUAUCAAUGCAACAUGAUUUGCUUACUUGUAUGGAUGGGUAACAAUUCAAUUGUGAUCAUGAAAUAAUAGCAAUAUUCUGAUCAUAGGUGCAUAAUGAAGUCUCAUUUUCAUGUAGUGCCUUUUCGGUAGACAUAUGAAAUUUUAUUCAGAAGUCAAAUCGUUUUUUUUAAGUCUAUGUUGAACAAUGUUUGAUAUGGUUUAGUGUAGAUUACAUAUCAAGGCUCUUCAGAGAUCUUCUCCAAAUGUAUCUUUUAAAUAGUAGUUUGAUAUUGAGAGGUGUAAUCAUUAGAAUGGCCCAAAAAUCCAUGCGAAAAUAGCCACCAAACAAAUCAGGGUAUUUGGUAAACUUCCAGUUCCUCUACUCAGUGUUCUCUUAUUUUAUCUGAUCAUUUCUCCGACUACCAUUUACGAUGGAGUAUGUACCAAAUUACCCUGAAGAAUAUUAAAUGUGAUAUUUGACGCAUUCCAUAAUAUGAAUAUUGAUAUUCUAUUGAAAAAAGAAAAAAGAUAAUGAUGCUAUGAUUAUUCAAAUCCAGAUAUUAGACGACACAGCAUCCUAAUCUGGUUUGAAUUAAUUGAUGGAAGAAAAAAACAUUUUGUUAUUUUAAGGAUGAAAUUUUGAAAAAACUCAUAUUGCACAACUAAGCAAUGAUCUAUAUUUUAUUUAACAAUUUUUUUGUAAAUAUACUCUUGAAUGAUCAUAUAGAGGAGAUAUCUACCAAAUAAUUCUUGCAAGCCUAUGUUUUUACUCAUUUAUCUUAAAUCGUGAUUUUUCAAUUUAAUGACCUUUAAAUCCUCAUUUAUUCUGAUUUUUGCUGUUUUGAAUUUGUAGAAAACUGAAUUGCCGAAUAUUCUAAUUUAAUUAGAAUUUUCAAUCUGAAUGAAUAAAUUUCAUGAAGUAAAUGAAAAUUCUUAAAGAUAGGUUUUUUAUCUAAUUGUUUUGUAUUCAUUCUUCUUUGGUAAGUAUUCUAAGAAUGAUGAGUACAAAUAUGUAGUUUGUUUUAAAUUAUCCAGAAUUUGUUUUUGUGUUUUUUGUUAAAACUAUAUAUCAUUUUGAGUGUUGAAAUUUUAUGUAGUUGCAUUUUUUCUGGGAAAAUUUCAAUAAGUAAAUUGUUAAUGCUUAAUUAUUCUACAUGGUCAUCAUUGAGAGGUGACUUGUAACUUUCCUUUCUGUGAAACACAUAGGAAUUAGCUAUAAAUAGUAUAUCUCCGAGUAGGCUUGGUAGGUAGAUGAAAUUUCAGUCCAACUUUUUCUCUUAUAAUUCCAAAAAUUAUUGUCUACCAAUUUUGUGAAAGUAUGAAAUGUAUUUUUUAUUUUGAAGAUUCACUUUGUUUCGUUUUGAUGUUGAAAAUUACUUAGAACUAGCAGAGAAAGCCUGUUGAAAGUUUUUAAAAAAUAUACAGAGCUAUUUUUUCAAAAGACAUUGUUGUUCUCUUGCAACGAUAAAUUUUUUCAUCUACAUACAUUUUGGAUUAUGCAGUAUAUUUUCAAAUUUUUUUAUUAGUGCUGUUUUAUAGUGAUAGUUCUGGGAACAAUUGUGCAUUAUCUCCAAAAAUAUGCUUUAAGUAUGUAAACUUAUUCUAUUGUGUAAUCUAUUGAAAAUUUCAAAGUAUAGUAUCCAACAAUAAAAAAAAAAUAUUUUAUGAUUUAUCUGUAUUUAUGAUUAUAAAUAUGGUUUUGAAUUUGUUUUAAAAUUAUUUUGUACAGAAUAACUUGAGCUCGUCGGUUUUUUACCCUGACGUUAUUGUAAAGUGUCAAUUAAAUUGCCUACAUCUAG